CUGAUAGGUUCUCCUAUGAGCACAGCGCAUAAUAUGCCUAGGAUGCAACCAGUAGUUUAGACUGACUGCUGUGAAGUAGUUGCGCAUCACUGACGGAUUCCAGCGCACUGGAAACCGCUUAAAGUCACGUCUUUCUUUUCACAGAACUAAAUGGCUCGGACUUACAACCGAUACAACAUAUGUAGAUGAGUGAUUCGAUAUUAUUUAAGCGUUUGGGAAAUGCAAAGGAUUGACCGGCUUUAAAUUCAGACCCGUAACGCUCAAGCAGCCAUGCAUUUGUGUAGCUUUGUGGGCUCUUUGCUCCUCCUUCUUUUCAUCAGCAGGAUCAUGGAUGGCUCCGUCGCCAGCACGGAGGAGAUUUUGCCUCCCACCAUUCAGAAACUGAUGAAGGGAUACAACAAAUACCUUAGGCCAUUCUUUGGCAAUGGCCCUGUUACUGUAGGCAUGAGUCUGGAUAUCGCCAGCAUAGACACCAUAUCAGAAAUCAACAUGGAUUACACCGCCACCAUCUUUCUUCGUCAGCGCUGGACAGAUGAACGCUUGUGUUUUGAUGGCAAUAAGAGCUUGAGUCUGGAUGGGAGACUGGUAGAACUCCUUUGGGUCCCUGAUACGUUCAUUGUGGAUUCCAAGAAGUCCUUCCUGCACGACAUCACUGUCGAAAACAGACUGAUCCGGAUAUUCCCCAACGGAACUGUGCUGUAUGCCCUGAGAAUUACCACCACAGUGGCCUGCAGUAUGGAUCUAACCAAAUAUCCCAUGGACAGGCAGACGUGCAUGCUUCAACUUGAAAGCUGGGGAUAUAACGUGAAAGAUGUUGUUUUCUAUUGGACACGGGGAAACCAAUCAGUUAGCGGCCUUGAUAAUUUACAGCUGGCUCAGUACACCCUUGAGGAUCACUACACCUCUGAAUCUGAAGCUGUUUACGAGACUGGUAACUACCCAAAGUUGAUCUUCCACUUCAAACUCAAGCGGAGCAUCUUAUAUUUCAUUUUGGAGACAUAUGUUCCUUCCAGUGCUCUGGUGGUCCUGUCCUGGGUCUCAUUUUGGAUCAGUCAGUCUUCAGUUCCUGCUCGCAUCUGCAUAGGAGUGACCACAGUCUUGACUAUGACCACCUUGAUGAUGGGAGCCCGCACCUCUUUACCCAAUGCCAACUGCUUCAUUAAAGCCAUCGAUGUGUAUCUGGGCAUCUGCUUCAGCUUCAUAUUUGGCGCACUGAUUGAAUAUGCAGUUGCCCAUUUCUGCACGUUACACCAGCCGAAUGCUGCCAAUGCAUAUAUGUAUGGCCAGGAAAUGCAGGAGCGUGAGGACGAGAUGAACGGUAUUGUGACUUCCAUCGGCAGCCACGCUUUGCGGGCCCGUAAACGGGAGGAGAUGCUGUCCCGGAUGGGCAGCGCCAGCAACCCUACCCCCAGUGAAAGUAAGGAGGAUAUCAACUCCUCACAGCCACAGAACCGCUGCACCAAGUGUAUGUCAACGACACGUCGUAUCGUGCGCUGUCUGAACUGCUGCAAAGUGGAGAACCCGCACUACAUUGACAACUACUCACGGCUGACCUUCCCUCUCUCCUUCAUCUUCAUCAACCUUCUCUACUGGACCUACUACUUGUACUUCUAAAGCUCCUGCUGUUGGUGUGUAUGUUUGUUGAGGGGUUUCAAGUGAUUUAAGUGUGUGUCCCUUUUUGUGUCACAGUUUACCUAAGGGUUUCUACUCUUACAUGUCAGCAUGCAUUUCAGUUCAACUCAUGUCACCCGAGAAUGACUGACUGUGUUCAUGUCACCCAAGUAUGCGUCAUUCCUUGUGGUAUGCGGGAUCUGAGUGAGUUUCGACUGCACAGAUAUAUGCAGAUUUAUACUAUGUCACCUUGAUGAUGCAUCUACAUCUCUGUGUCAGGAAUAUGUGGCCUUCAUUUUCCGAGGAGCUUUAGAUUCACUCAAAUCCACAAUGAAAAUCGGCCUAGCUGUAAAUUGCAGUAUGAUUUCAUGAUGUCCGUACAACAAAUUAAAAUUGACUUGAAUGUAAGUAUGAUUAAAUUGUUGUUUAACAGAAAAAGCAUGAUUUAUAAAUUACUGUUGACACAAGUAACAAACCACAAGAAAUUCAUGAAACUGAAAAGUUGGAAUUUAAUUUAAGUUUAAUUUAUGAAAUGAACAUCAGAAUCGUAUCAGCAUGUUUGACAGCUACAGUAAUAAUAAGUAACUGGACCAAAGAUUUAAUGUGUAUCUAACGUUCAUAAUCACAAUCUGAAUUCAAAUGAGCACAAGUUAUACAUUGUUUUUGGGGCAUAUACUGUAUGUUUUUGCAAAUUCAGCAAUCAUGUCUUGUUAUUAGCUGCCAAACAGGAAUCAAGUCGAUUUUACUCAUUUUCUCCUGGUGAUUUAUCUGCGUGAGUCGUAACAGAAUAUUCUCUUAGAGAUAGAAGCUCUGAUUAUGAAUGAUUCUGUAUUAUUUGCAUGCUCAUUUAUUUAUUCUGCGUAUAUUGUUGUAUUUAAUUAUUUCUUUUUUGUUAAUGAAAUGCUUUUAUCCAAUCUAAGGCUCUUUGACCUAGUUAAAGUUUUGGCCAUUAAGAACUGCACUACAGUAUUUUUGAUAGGAGACUAUUUUGGGCAAAUGCCAAAACUAAAACACUGAUGCGUAUUUGCUAAUGGCAUAUUCAACACUGACAUUUACACGAUUUCUUGGCAGAUUUUUAUGCAUUGUUGAUGUCUGAAUUGCUAUUAUUUGCAUAUAGUUUGCAAUAUACAUUUCUUUCCACUGUAAACACGUUUUGUUAUCGAUAUGUCAUAGAGAACCUGCUGGUUUGUAUGAUCUUUUUCAAGAACAUGUUAUUCACCUGACCUUUGUGGGUAUUUUUUUUUUUUUUCUUUUACUGUGAAUGUCAUACUUCUUACAGGUGAAUAUAUUUUGUGCUCAAAUUAAGCUGUACAAAUAUUUUUAUGUUAUCCUUUUGCACUGAGAUUUUGAAUUACAAAGGCAAUAUUAUUUUGCCAAGGAGCAUUUUGUUUUUGUAUAUACUGGCUUAAUAUUGAAAAUGAAGUUCACCAAAUAAUAUUUAUUAUUAAUACUGUUAUUUUAAUAAUGCAUGAAAGUUGCAUACAAUUGUUAAAGAGACAGCAGGCCAUGUUGCCGUGUUUUCCAUGCAUGGAGAGUUCUGCAUCUGUUUUCAGAGAUUUGGAUAUAAUAAAAAGUUAAGACUGGCUUAAAAUAAUAUAUUUCGAGACAGAACGUAAUAUUUGUUUAAAAAAAUACAUUUUAGUUGUCAGGUCAGUCAGCUGCAAGGUUUCUCUGUACUGUACAAAAACAAAUAAUGGUCGUGAAAUUUAGCAAACUCUUGUAAUGCCCUGCCUCAAAAUCCUUUAAUGGCAGUGGCAUCUUAGAGUCCUACUGCCCCUUACUGGCGAGUCUAGUUCUUGGAACACUUUCUGCGUUUAUUUUUAUCCUUAUCUAAAUCCAGAACCAACUUGAUAUAGAAAGACGCACUUGGCAAUACAUCUGUCACUACAGCAUAUUACUGCCUUUAGGUUAGUAUGUUGUCAGUACUGAUCCUGAUGCCAAAGAGCUAGUGUUUUAACAUCCAGUCUUUAACAUUUCCUUAAAAAUGAAAAUAGCAAACCGUUUGUUUACUCAAUUUAUGCACAUUCCUUUGCAGUAUUUAUAGUAGCCUAUAAUAUAUUAUUAAAUGCUGUUUUCACUGGACAAAUUUGAUUUCAGCAUGUAAAUUAAAUUAACACUCUUAAUGUGUAAAAUGAUGUUGCGUUUAAAAACUGAGCCUUAAAUGGCAUAAAAUUAAUGUUUCAAUAUUUUUUUGUAGAUUUUGUUUUUAUUUAUUUUAUUUUAUUAUGUAGUAUGAUAUUCAUAUCUUAGUGAGUAUCACUAUGCAUGUAAAGUUAAUGUUUAGGGUAAUAAAAUAUUUUUAAUAAAA